GAUGGAAAACUUGUAGUGGAUUAUAUUCAUAGACACACAGGUGUUCUAGCAUUGAUGAGGCAAUUCACAAAUAACAAAGAGAUUAAGCAGCCUUGCAAAACAAGGUUUGCUACUCAUUUUCUUAUGCUUCAAUCUAUCAUUGUAGUUGAGAACGAGUUGAGGCUUUUUGUGGCAUCAUCUGAAUGGAGAUCCUUUCAAUUCAAUAAAGCUGACAUGGCUGUAAGAACUGUUGGGAUUAUUCAAUCUAAUACUUUUUGGGAAGGGGCAAAAGUGGUUGUUGCUUUCAUGGAGCCAAUCAUUCGGAUUCUUCGAUUUGUGAUGGUGAUGGUUCUACUGCAGGUUACUUAUAUGAAGCAACAGAAAGGGCAAAAGAAACAUUAAGGAAAUUAAUGGAGAAUGAUGGAGAGAAGUACUUAACUAUCAUGGACUUGUUUGUUGCUAGGUUGGAGAAGAACAUUAUUUAUCAUGUUCAUGUGUUUGGUGUAUUUUUAAAUCCUUCUACUUUAUAUGAGGGUCGACUUGAUGUUGAGGGAUCUAAAUUUAUGGAUGCACAAGAUUUUAUUUUGGACACCAUGAUUCCUCAAGAAGAUCGUGCUCAAUUCAUGAAAGAAAUAGUUGAGUAUCGCAUGAAGAGCCCAAGGUUGUUCAAUCUAACUGGACAAACAAUGAUGAAAACUAACCAUCCAAGGAUUUGGUGGCAAUUUGUUGGUGGUGAAUUUCUUGUGAUUCGAAAAGUUGCUUGUAGAAUCUUGAGCCAACCUUAUAGUUCCUCUCCUUGUGAGCGUAAUUGGAGUGCUUAGGAGGCAGCACAAACAAAAAAGAGAAAUAGAUUGGCCCCAUAAAUGUUAGAAGAUUUGGUGUACAUCAGAAUGAACUCAAUGAUGAGAGAGAAGUAUGAAAACCAAAUACUUCAAGAUGCGAGGCCCAUUGAUUUAGAAAAACUUGGUGAUUUACCUGAGUUAGACAUUGAGCCAAAUAUGGAGAGACUUGAACAAACAUAUGAAGAACCUGAUCCAC